GUACUGCCACUGCUGCUGCUGCCAAACCUGGAAAACAACGAAACGAAAUCCCCGACCAUUGCCCGACACUUCGCCGAUUUCUUCACUUUCGGUAUCUUUCUGCAUCACCGUAAACUUGAAUUUACUACGAUACAACCUGGCCUCAGCAUCCCGGGUGACCAGCAAAAAGACAGAAUCAAUCUAUUUUCGCAGACAAAUCCGCCUAUCCGCACCCGAUUCGAGCAAGGCGUUACGAAAUACCUUCCUCGACCUGACUAUCCUGCCCGCACCUGGUGGAUCCCAUUUGAUACAACUUUGCCCCAAAACCCAACCUUGGACGUGUCACAGUGGUACUUUUUCUCCGUCACCAGGUUCCAUUCAAACUCGAUUGCUUGCUGUUUCUCGAGUUUCUUCUGCCACCUGUUCAAGCCUCAGACAGCCAGAAUUUCCGAACCACAAACCAAACACGCCCUCCGAUCGUCCGAGCCAAAACAUCACUAUCUCAGCCCUUUCAUCCAGGAUUCCACUACUCCGUACCCAACCCCCGUAUCCAAGCCGUUGCUCUGCCGUACAGUGUACCCUGCGCCCUGCAUCUGUACAUACCUACCUAGUGUCUGUAUUCUGCAGCCCGCCCGUCCGCUGCAACCACAUCAACCUUCUUGUAAGUUUCUGCAACUCCCGGAGCGCCGCGCUGUGAGGACGAGACACUCGGCCAGACCCAAGCGUCGCCGUACGGAGUACAGUACCUUAGUUAACACGUCCAGGUCUUUCUGGGAUUGCUUAGCUCCCGCACCAACCAAGUCCCCCGUCUUUCAUCCCCCAGGUAAGCAGUUGCAGCCCGUUUGUCCCUCACCUCAGCAACAUGUCAUCUUGCGGCUUGCCCUGUUCCUUGACGUCCUAGACGUUUCCCGCCUUAGCUGGAAGUCCCCCCGUCUAUGGAGGCGCAUGUCCGCUUCCCCCCUUCCCCUUCCCCGUCCAACCUCGAGGCGUCGGGUGACACGGUGA